CGGGCGCCGGACCCCCAGGUGGAGCGACAGGUCUCGGGCCCUCAGGCGGAGCGGCGGGGCGCCGGACCCCCAGGUGGAGCGACAGGUCUCGGGCCCUCAGGCGGAGCGGCGGGGGCGCCGGACCCCAGGUGGAGCGACAGGUCUCGGGCCCUCAGGCGGAGCGGCGGGCGCCGGAUCCCCAGGUGGAGCGACAGGUCUCGGGCCCCAGGCGGAGCGACAGGUCUCGGGCCCUCAGGCGGAGCGGAGGCGGGCGCCGGACCCCCAGGCGGAGCGGCGGGCGCCGGACCCCCAGGUGGAGCGACAGGUCUCGGGCCCUCAGGCAGAGCGGCGGGCGCCGAGUCAUCUGGCACGACAGUGGGCUCCGAGUCAACUGGCAUGACCGCUGGCACUGGGUCAGACAUUGGAUCGUCUGGCUGGACAGCGGGCAUCGGGUCACCCGGCAUCAGGUCAUUUGGCUCGACCGCGGGCACCGCAUCAUCUGGCAAGGCAGUGGGCUCCGAGUCAACUGGUAUGACCGCGGGCACUGGGUCAGACAUUGAAUCGUCUGACUGGGACAGCGGGCAUCGGGUCACCAGGCAUCAGGUCAUUUGGCUCAACAGCGGGCACCGCGUCAUCUGGCAAGGCAGUGGGCUCCGAGUCAACUGGUAUGACCGCGGGCACUGGGUCAGACAUUGGAUCGUCUGACUGGACAGCGGGCAU